CGGAGCCGCGGCUGAAUAGCAUCCAGCGCUGCGCCGUCGUCAGCCAUGUUGUUGGUGUGAUUCUACGGGCGGCUCUUUAGCAGCAACAGGUCCGGCACAUAAUAAAGGCGUUUUCCGUGGUUUGUCAAGGUUACACGCUGUUAAGAAGAGGGGGAGCUUUCUUCGUGGUGGGAAUGUCCAUCAUCUGCUGCCAGGAUUAAAGGAGGGGAGCUCAAAUGACUGUUUUUUUUCUCUUUCUACAAACAAUGACUGCAAGUUAGCCAGCUGAGAAGAUUGGGGCAGCCCACCCAGGCCAGCCCACCCCUCCCCACUCAUAGCCAUGAAUGGUGGCCAGAGCAUUUGGGCCAUCACUAAGAAAGAGAGGGAGAAUCAUGACAAACAGUUUGACUCGCUCUCCCCCACCAUGGGCUAUGUUUCAGGAGACCAGGCGCGCCAGUUCUUCGUGCAGUCGGGCCUCCCGUCCUCCAUUCUGGCCGAAAUAUGGUCGCUGGCCGACAUCGGCAAGGAUGGGAAGAUGGACCGACUGGAAUUCUCCAUCGCCAUGAAGCUGAUCAAGAUGAAGCUGCAGGGGGAGUGCCUUCCCUCGGCGCUGCCCAUUAUCAUGAAGACUUCAGUGCCCUCCCCUGCCAUGCCCACAACGCACCACGGAACAGGCUCCAUGCCAAACUUGACCGUCAUGCCUGCCAUGCCCAUGAUGACACCCAUGCCCAUGAUGACACCCAUGCCCAUGGCCUCCAUGAGCCCGAUGCCACCGCUGAUGCCCUUAGGCCUGACGUCUGGCUUCGCCCCCAGACCGCCCUCCAUCUUGUCCAUGCCUCUCAUUCCCACAGUUGGCACACCGACUCUGGCUAAUGGCACCAGUGGCUUCCUUCAGCCCAUCCCAGCCAACGGUCAGAUUGCGCCCCUAGCGAAUCUUCCCCUUUCCAGCUCUUUCACGUCCAGCCCGUUGAGUUUUGCCAGCCCCCCAGUGACCAAGUCGAACUCCCUUCUGGACCUUGGGUCAAGCAGCUCCAACUCCUCCUCCACCACCUCCCUAACAAGCAACUCCCCCAAGACGGGCACCUCCGACUGGGCGGUGCCACAGGCCUCGCGGCUGAAGUACCGGCAGCAGUUCAACAGCUUGGACAAGCAGAUGAUUAACUACCUCUCAGGUGUGCAGGUCAGGAACGUUCUGGCCUCAUCCCAGCUCACUCAGACUCAGCUAGCCACUGUUUGGAACCUGGCAGAUGUGGACAAGGACGGCCAGCUGACAGGGGAGGAGUUCAUCCUGGCUAUGCACCUGGUGGACAUGGCGAAGGCUGGACAGCCGCUGCCGCUCACGCUUCCCGGGGACCUGGUGCCCCCCUCCGUCAGAACGGGGAAGCAGGGGGAAUUGCUUCCUUUGAAUCGCACCAUCGUCCCUGAAGAAAUUCAAGUUGAACCACCCCAGAAGACAAAGAGUAAUGUUUCGUUCGAGGACAAGCUAAAGGAGAACUUCCAGCGGGGAAACGCUGAGCUGGAGAGGCGGCGGCAGGUCUUACAGGAGCAGGAGCGGCGCGAGCAAGAGAGGCGGGCCCAGAAGGCCCGGGAGGAGCUGGAGCGGCGUGAGCAGGAGGCGCGGGAGCAGGAGAGGAGGCGGCAACAGGAGCAGGAGCGGCGGCUGGAGAGGCAACGCGAGCUGGAACGGCAGAAGGAGGAAGAGCGCUUAAAGGAGCUAGAGCGCAAGGAGGCUGCUAAGCAGGAGCUGGAGCGUCAGAGGAAGAUGGAGUGGGAGCGGAGGAGGCGACAGGAGCUGCUGAAUCAGAGGAACCAAGAACAAGAGGACAUCAUCAAGCUUAAGGCCAAGAAGAGGAGCUUGGAGCUGGAGCUGGAGGCUGUGAGAGACAAGCACAAGCAGAUCUCUGACCGACUCAGGGACGUCCAGAGCAAGAGGAGCAUCCAGAAGGGAGAGCUGGAACUGAUCAGUCAGAAGCAGGACAGCUGCCUGCUAGAGGUCAACGCCCUGCAGCGGCAGCUUGAGGAGGGGCAGAGGAAACAUUCUCAGCUGAUUGUGGAGCAGCAGAGAUGCAAGGAGAUCCUAUGCAACAUGGGGCUGAACAGCAGGUCUGGUCCGACACUUUCCUCCGUAAAGAGGGGCGUGACUGAGAAGGACAUCGUCUGUCGGAAACUCAAGGAGCAGCUGGAUGUGCUGGAGAAGGAUACCGUGGCAAAACUGUCGGAGAUGGACCAGUACAACGUGGACAUCAAGGAGCUCCGGGAGAGCCAGACCAAGCAGCAGCAGGUCCUGGACAGACUGCGGCAGGUCAAGGCCGACAAGCUAUGUGACCUGCAGCGGAGGCGAGAACUGGAGUUGGAGAGGAGGAAGAGAGAGGAGGAGGAGGUGGUCAGGCAAGCCAAGCUGGAGAAAGAGCGGCAGUGGCGUGUGAAGUUGGAGCGGGAGGAGGAGGAGCGGCGGAGGAGGAUCCAGGAGGAGCGGGAGGCCAAGCUGAAGGAGGAGGAAGAACGUGAGCGUGAACUCCGGGCCAAACUGCGCGCCGCUCAGGAGCAGGCUGAGCGGAACCGCCGGGCCGCUGAGGAGGAGGAGAGGAGGAGGCAGGAGGAAGCCCAGAAGAGGGAGGAGGAGAAGAGGAUAGAGGAGGAGAGGCGGCGAGAGGAACAUAAAAGGGCGGAGGAGGAGAGGAGGCAGAAGGAAGAGGAGAGGAGGCGGCAAGAGGAGGAGCGGAGAAAGGUGGAGGCAGAGAGAAGGAAGCUAGAGCUGGAGAGGAAAAGACUGGAAGAAGAGAAAAAGAGAUUUGAGGAAGAGAGGAGGAGGCAGGAGGAAGAGAGGAGGAGGCAGGAGGAAGAGAACAGAAGGAAGAAGGAGGAGGAGCAGGAGCUGGAGAGGAAGAGGGAGAGGGAGGAGGAGGAGAGAAGACGUCAGCGGGCUCAGAUAGCUGCUGUCAGGGAUGCAGAGGAGCGGAGGAGACAGGAAGAGGAGCGGAGGAGACAGGAAGAGGAGCGGAGGAGACAGGAGGAGGAGCGGAGGAGGCUGGAAGAGGAGAAGAAGAGACAGGAAGAGGAGAGACGGCGAGAGGAGGACAGGAGGAGAAAGCAACAGGAGGAGGAGGCCGUGGCCAGACAGCGGGAGGAAGAGGCCCGGCAGCAAAAGCAGCAGCAGCAGCAGCAGCAACAGCAGCAGCACAAUUUAGGCAAGACAGACAUUCAUGAGAAGCUGUCGGCCCUGAUCAGGGGCCUAGAGGAGCGAAAAGGGAAUUUGAGACCCGUCAGGUCAACACACAGGAAAUCGGCCUCCCUGACAACCUACAGAGCCCUGUACCCCUUCACAGCACGGAACGCGGACGAGCUCACCUUUGACACGGACAGCUUGAUUGAGGUGGACGAGAAGACGGAAGGCGAGCAGGGCUGGCUGUAUGGCAGCUACCAGGGCAAGAUGGGCUGGUUCCCCGAGAGCUACGUCGAGAAGCACAGCCAACCGGAAUCUGCGGCCAGCACCAAGCAGGCUCUGAUGCACACAACUGCAUCUACCUCAGUCUCUGCAAGCAAGGCGGAGGCUAAUUCCAGUACCUUCCCAGCAGGACAGAGCACUCCUGGGGGGGCAGGGCAGAACUCUGCCUUCACUCCCACCCACCCUCCAGGCUCUGCCUCUAUGGAGUAUGGACAGGUGGCAAGUGGCCUCCAGGUGCAAGCGCUGUGCUCCUGGACGGCCAAGACGGACAACCACCUGAACUUCUCCAAGGAUGACAUCAUCACGGUGCUGGAGCAGCAGGAAAACUGGUGGCUGGGGGAGCUGAAUGGGGUGCAGGGCUGGUUCCCCAAGACUUACGUCACACCAGUGAGCCGGAAUGAACCCCUAUAUUCUUCUGUGGAUGAGUUCAAUAACCCUGACAAUACUCUACAAGAAGAGUAUGUAGCCUUAUAUACCUAUGAAAGCCCAGAGUCAGGAGACCUCACUUUCAACGAAGGAGACACCGUCGUUGUGACGGAAAGAGAAGGGGACUGGUGGAAAGGGUACAUCGGAGACAGGAGUGGAGUCUUCCCCUCCAACUACGUAACGCCAAAGGAAUCUGAAACAUAUAGCACCACUGGAAAGUCAGGUGGAGUCGGCAAAAAGCCAGAGGUUGCCCAAGUGACGACUGCGUACACGGCCACCGGAGCGGAGCAGCUGAGCCUGGCCCCGGGACAGCUUAUCCUCAUCCAGGGCAAGAACCCAUCUGGGUGGUGGCAAGGGGUUCUGCAGGCUAGGGGUAAAAAACGCCAGAACGGAUGGUUCCCCGCCUCCCACGUCAAGCUCUUGGGCCCCACCAGUGGGAAGUCCACACCAGCUCCAGUUCCAAUUUGCCAGGUCAUCACCAUGUACGACUACAAGGCGGGCAACGAGGAUGAGAUGAGCUUCUCCAAAAGUCAACUGAUCAAUGUGCUGAACAAGGACGAUGCUGAUUGGUGGAAAGGGGAGCUGAAUGGCGUCGUCGGCUUGUUCCCCACCAAUUACGUCAAGAUGACCACGGAGUCCGAUCCCAGUCAACAAUGGUGUGCUGACCUGACCAGCCUGGACACCAUGAGUCCGCAGGAGAGGAAGCGACAGGGUUACAUCCACGAGCUCAUUGAGACGGAGGAGCGAUACAUGGCUGACCUUCAGCUGGUCCUGGAGGUGUUUUACAAGCCCAUGUCUGAGUCGGGACGCCUGACAGAUGUUGAAAUGGCCAUGAUCUUCGUCAACUGGAAGGACCUGAUUAUGUCCAACACCAAACUUCACAAGGCACUGAGGGUGAGGAAGAAAACGGGUGGCGAGAAGAUGCCGGUGCAGAUGAUUGGGGACAUCCUGGCCUCGGAGCUCUCGCACAUGCAGGCCUACAUCCGCUUCUGCAGCUGCCAGCUUAACGGUGCAGCCCUGCUGCAACAAAAGACUGACAAGGAACCCGAGUUCAAGGACUUCCUCAAGAAAAUCGCUACAGAUCACCGGUGUAAAGGUAUGCCACUGUCCAGCUUCCUGCUGAAGCCUAUGCAGAGAAUCACCCGCUAUCCACUCAUCAUAAAGAACAUUCUCGAGAACACUCCAGAGAAUCACUUGGACCAUGGACACUUGCGGGAGGCUCUGGACAGGGCCGAGGAGCUCUGUCUGCAGGUCAACGAGGGGGUCCGGGAGAAGGAGAACUCCGACAGGUUAGAGUGGAUUCAGAGCCAUGUCCAGUGUGAAGGCAUCACUGAGAACUUGAUAUUCAACUCCUUGACCAACUGCCUGGGUCCCCGAAAGCUGCUACACAGCGGCAAGGUCUAUAAAACUAAGAGCAACAAGGAGUUAUACACCUUCCUCUUCAAUGACUUCCUGCUGCUCACCCAAGCAGUGAAGCAGUUCACCUCAUCAGGGACGGAUAAGCUCUUCAGUCCCAAGUGCAACAUGCAGUUCAAGAUGUACAAGAACCCCGUGUUUCUAAAUGAAGUUCUGGUGAAGAUGCCCUCCGAUCCGUCUAGCGAUGAGCCAAUCUUCCACAUCUCCCACAUCGACCGUGUUUAUACUCUCAGGACAGAGAACAUCAAUGAGAGGACUGCCUGGGCGCAGAAAAUCAAAGCUGCUUCAGAACAUUUCAUAGAGACUGAGAAGAAGAAGCGAGAGAAAGCUUACCAAGCUCGUUCCCUGAAAACCAGUGGCAUUGGCCGCCUGCUGGUCACUAUUUUGGAGGCCACAGAGCUCAAGCCCUGCAAGCCCAAUGGAAAGAGUAAUCCAUAUUGCGAGGUGACCAUGGGGGCACAGUGUUUCACCUCCCGGACAAUAAAUGACACAAUCAACCCCAAGUGGAACUUCAACUGUCAGUUCUUCAUUAAGGACCUGUACCAGGAUGUUCUAUGUGUCACCAUCUUCGAGAGGGACCAGUUCUCUCCCGAUGACUUCCUGGGCCGCACUGAAGUUCCUGUGGCCACCAUCAAGAAGGAGCUGGAAAACAAGGGAGCAGCGACAAGGCGCCUGCUGCUGCACGAGGUGCCGACAGGCGAGGUGUGGGUGCGCCUGGACCUGCAGCUGUUCGACCAAAAAUCUGUCAAAUGAGGCGACGCGGAUUGGUGCCAUGCCAUACGCCCCCCGACCCGCCCCCGCCUC